AUGGAAGCUGAUGGUUCGUCUCAGCCAAGUAGGGCACCAAUACAGACCAUGUCUAUUGGCCACACAGCGGCAAAGGGAAAUAAUUCUUCUUCUUUCCGAGACAGUCAGCAUUCAUCUGCCCCAAAACGUCGACCGAAAUUGCCGAAACGUAAACGGGGCAAGACCCACGGUGGUACUAGUCAGCAGCUUCUUUCCAGCGAUGGCGUACAUCAACAGCCAUCUCGAGACUUGGUCGCGACGCGAGCAAGUGGUGAUGCAAGGAAAGAGAGACGCGCUAGAAAGGAUGCAUUCAAGGAAUUACAGCGAGACAAAGAAUCCAAAAAUUUGGAAUCCCCAAAGGCUCCAAACCCAGGAUCUGAUCAGGUGUUUUUGUCGCUAGACCAGGUCAUGAACUUAGGGCUACGGACUUCAGUCGCACCUCCGCAACAAAUUUUACAUUGGUGUGCUUUGACACCAGUCCCACUUCAGGCUGAAGAAGAUGCAGUCAAGAUACUAAUACAUUGGGGGAAAAGCGAACGAGGAAUGAUGAAAGAUCAGCCGAGCUUUCGUUUGCAGCAGGUCACGCGGAUGUGCCGACGAAAUGGAAUGCAGCUCUCACAAGCGCUCUCAUUGCGCCGACAACACAUGCAAAAGAUGCAUUACUUAAAUAUUGAAAAAUUAGGUUUGGGUACAGAAAAUGACGUAAAAGCUGCAGCUGAUUGCUUUGAAGAAGCUGUUGAAUCGACUUUGCGGAAAUUGAACAUUCCGAUAUGGACGGAAAAGGAGCAGAGGCUUCACUUCAAAAAUCUCAAUAUAAGAGGUCCAUCCCCACCAACUCCAGACUUCAUUUUUCGAAACAAAGUGAUUCUACGGAAAUCGAGUGGUUCGGGUGCGAACCGACAUAUUGUGGAUGAGCUAGUCAUUCAUUGGAUAGAGGUCAAAAUGUUCUACGGAGCUUCCACAAUUCCAAACGACAAUCGCAGUGCCGUAGGGAAACUCCUGAAAACCGCCAAGAAAUACAACACCGCUUACGGACCAGGCGCUCUGCUUUUCAUGUACGGUUGCGGUGACCGUCUUGCAGCCGAUCUGGCAAAGGAAGGCGUCAUUGUACUCGACUGCAGUGGAGGCAUGGUUGACCUUGAGCUCGUUUAUGCUCAACUGCGUACGUGGUGUGCCAAUAAAAAUGGCGACAUUCUUCCGUAA